UCUUGUUCUGGUCAUAUGACCGGUAGGGGGGUGUGGUCAUGUGACCCGCAGCGUCAUAUGACUUGUUGUGAUUCUUCAUUGUCGGCAGUUGCAGUCAAACCAACUUUACCUGCUGAACUAAAACCCGGUGAACACGGGAGCAAGAUGCAGGUGGCGUUGCUGCUGUGUUACUUCCUGUGCUCUCUGCUGGGCGGUGAUGCGGCUCCGGCUGCAGACGAGGUGACCUACCUGCCCGGUCUGCAGAAACAGCCGAGCUUCAGACAAUACUCGGGAUACCUGAGCGUGGCCGAUGGCAAACACCUGCACUACUGGUUUGUGGAGUCCCAGAACAACCCGUCCUCUGACCCCAUGGUGUUGUGGCUGAACGGCGGCCCUGGCUGCAGCUCUCUGGACGGACUGCUGACUGAACACGGACCCUUCCUGAUCCAGAAUGACGGCGUGACACUGCAGUACAACCCGUACUCUUGGAACAAGAUCGCCAACAUGUUGUACCUGGAGUCUCCAGCAGGAGUCGGAUUCUCGUACUCUGACGAUCAGAAAUACGUCACCAAUGACACCGAGGUGUCGAUGAACAACUACCUGGCUCUCAAGGAGUUCUUCCGCCUCUUUCCAGAGUUCAGCAAGAACCAACUUUUCCUGACUGGAGAGAGUUACGGAGGAAUCUACAUCCCCACGCUCGCUGAGAGAGUGAUGGAGGACCCCAGCCUGAACCUGCAGGGCAUUGCUGUGGGAAACGGGAUGUCCAGCUACGAGAUGAACGAUAACUCUCUGGUGUUCUUCGCCUACUACCACGGCCUGCUGGGAAGUCGACUGUGGACGGAACUGCAGAGCUUCUGCUGCAGCGAUGGGACCUGCAACUUCUACAACAGCCAGAACCCUAACUGCUCCAUCAGCGUGUCUGAAGUUCAGGUAAUCGUCUAUGGUUCAGGAUUGAACAUGUACAACCUGUACGCUUCCUGUCCAGGCGGAGUCCACCAGAGGGUCAGUGUUGAGCGAGGUGAGCUGGUGAUCAGAGAUUUGGGAAACUCCUUCAUCAACCAUCCAUGGACUCAGCUGUGGAACCAGAAGUUACAAAGUCUGGCGUCCCGCCACCAAUCGGUGCGUCUGGACCCUCCCUGCACUAACUCCACCCCCUCCUCCCUCUACCUGAACAACAAGUACGUCAGAGAAGCUCUGCACAUCAGCCCCAAAGCUCUGGACUGGGUCAUCUGCAGCUCUGAGGUGAAUCUGAACUACGGUCGUCUCUACAUGGACGUCAGGAAACAGUACCUGAAACUGCUCGCUGCUCUGAAGUACCGGGUCCUGGUGUAUAACGGGGACGUGGACAUGGCCUGUAACUUCAUGGGGGACGAGUGGUUUGUGGAGUCUCUGCAGCAGCAGGUGGCGGUUCAGAGGCGCCCGUGGCUCUACGAUGAUGAAGACGGUCGGCAGGUUGGAGGCUUCGUCAAAGAGUUCAACAACAUCGCCUUCCUCACCGUCAAGGGUUCAGGUCACAUGGUUCCAACAGAUAAACCAAUCGCUGCAUAUGCCAUGUUCUCCAGAUUCAUCAAGAGACAACCAUACUAACCUCUGACCCCUCCCCCGGCUGACCUGACCCCGCCCCUUCUAUUUGGACUCUUGAGGCUGCCGUACUUUGAUUUAAUUGAUGUUUUUAUUUUUUUUUUGCUUGAUUUAAAUCACUGCCAGCCAAACGUCUGAGACUGAAACGUCUCAGCCAAUCACGUCACACCUCUGGGCCGACUCUCUCCUGGUUUCCAUGGAAACGAGCACUGCUGUCAGUCUGUCCGUCGAUUGUUUGAUUUAAUGUGAAGCUUCUUUUGAUGUUGUGUUGAUUUAAUUAAAGGGAAAAAUGGGAAUAAAGUUUUGAUUUUUAACAGA